AUGGAGAAAUACGAGAAGCUGGCCAAAAUCGGCGAGGGAUCCUACGGCGUGGUGUUCAAGUGCAAACACAGGGACACGGGUCAGGUCGUGGCCAUCAAGAAGUUCGUGGAGUCCGAGGACGACCCGGUGAUCAAGAAGAUUGCACUGAGAGAAAUACGUAUGCUGAAGCAGCUGAAACACGUGAAUCUGGUCAACCUGCUGGAGGUGUUCAGGAGGAAGAGACGGCUCCACCUGGUGUUUGAGUUCUGUGAGCAGACGGUUCUCAACGAGCUGGACAAACACCCCCGAGGGGUUCCUGAGGCUCAGCUGAAGAGCAUCGUGUGGCAGACGCUGCAGGCCGUCAACUUCUGCCACAAACACAACUGCAUCCACCGAGACGUGAAGCCCGAGAACAUCCUCCUCACCAAAACCGGAGUCAUCAAGCUCUGCGACUUCGGCUUCGCCCGCAUCCUGACAGGACCCGAGGAUGACUACACAGACUACGUGGCGACCCGCUGGUACCGGGCCCCGGAGCUGCUGGUGGGAGACACCCAGUACGGCCCUCCUGUGGACGUGUGGGCUCUGGGCUGCGUCUUCGCUGAGCUGCUCCACGGGAACCCGCUGUGGCCCGGGAAGUCCGACGUGGACCAGCUCUACCUCAUCCGGAAAACUCUAGGUGACCUGAUCCCUCGGCACCAGCAGGUCUUUCGCUCCAACGUGUUCUUCAGUGGAGUCAGCAUUCCUGAGCCGGACACAACGGAACCUUUAGAGAAGCGUUUCCAUGGAGGCUCUCCUCAGGCUCUCCACGUUAUGAAAUCGUGCCUGGUGAUGGACCCGUCUCACCGCCUGUCCUGUGAGGAGCUGCUGGAGCUGCCUUACUUCCAGGAAGAAGGAGGAGCCAACUGGGGCCGCGAGAUCGAGCGCCCGGGAAGACGACACGACAAAGGCUCCCGUCGCCGGCAGGCCGGGGCACAGUACCUGCCUCACCUACCAAACAGCAACAUCUCACCAGCACCGGAUGUGAAGAAACUGGUGAAGCAUAAAUAUCACCUGCCCAACAUUUAG